AUGUCUGAGGAAAAUAUGGGCGAAGAGUCUAGUAGCUCGCCAGUAUCUCCCGUGGACAGUCAGAGCAACAGCGAGGGGGAGCAGGACAGUCAGCCCAAGAGGUGUGGGAGGAAGAGGAGGCCGAGCAGGAAGAGCGGAGAGGACUCGGACAGCCCGACCCCUGGGGGGAAACGAGGGAAGAAGUCCAGCAGCAGCGGCAGCCCGCAGUCCUUCGAGGAUCUCCAGUCGCAGCGCGUCAUGGCCAACGUGAGGGAGCGCCAGAGGACCCAGUCCCUGAACGAGGCGUUCACGUCGCUGCGUAAAAUCAUCCCCACGCUGCCCUCGGACAAGCUCAGUAAAAUACAGACGCUGAAACUCGCUUCCAGAUACAUCGACUUCCUUUACCAGGUGCUGCAGAGCGACGAGCUGGACUCCAAGAUGUCAAGCUGCAGUUAUGUGGCGCAUGAGAGGCUGAGCUACGCCUUCUCAGUGUGGAGGAUGGAGGGCGCCUGGUCCAUGUCAACAUCUCACUAA